AUGACUCGACCCGGCCAGCAGUUUCGACGACGGAACAUCUUCAUUGCUUUAGGCCUCGUGGCGAUUGCUACAUGGCUCCUUUCAGGCUCACAAUCAUCCCAAUCCGGUGACACAACCACUGGACAUGAGCAAUUCUGGACGGACUUCUACCCCCUCCUGACUGCGGCGGCGCCAAACUGUGAUCCGCCCUCCAGGAUCGCAAACGCAGAGUCGGCCGGCUUCGACCCCAAAAACACCCAGCCGGUCGCGAAUCUCUUGCAGAUGACCGAUGAGGAUGUGACGAAAAUGAAGCAGGCCCAUACCACAUUUGUCAAGAGUGUUCGGCAGGAUCCGCCGCCCUUACACUACAAACUGGGAACACGAGGUCUGGUUUCCACGGCGGGCCCGUCAUACAUGCCGGUCUUGGUGAUCUCGCUUCGAAUGCUACGACGGACGGGCUCGGAGCUACCCAUGGAGGUCUUUCUGGCGGACUGGACCGAGUACGAUGGGUAUACCUGCCAGGUGGUUCUACCAUCUCUCAAUGCGCAAUGCGUCGUACUCUCGGAGAUCCUGGACGCCGUCCCCGGAAGCAGGGAUAAGGUCGCCAAAUAUCAGUACAAGCCACUGGCGAUGCUCUUUUCCUCCUUCGAAGAGAUCCUAUUCCUCGAUGCAGAUGCCUUUCCUCUACAGAAACCAGAAUCCAUAUUCUCAAAUGAGCCAUUCAAGUCUAGAGGCCUGGUCACGUUCCCCGACUUCUGGGGCCCAACUGCCUCGCCGCUAUUCUAUCAGAUUGCCUCUCUGGAGCAACCAGCCCCCAACAUUCGCCAAUCAACCGAGUCGGGAGAGGUGUUUGUCUCCAAGAGAACCCAUCUCCGAACUCUUCUGCUGUGCGCGUAUUACAACUUCUGGGGUCCAAACUAUUAUUACCCGCUGCUUUCGCAGGGCGCAGCCGGCGAGGGCGAUAAGGAGACCUUCCUCGCCGCCGCGAUGGUUCUCAACGAGCCAUUCUACCAAGUCAGCGAGCCAAUCCGCGCUCUGGGCCGCCACAAGGCCGAUGGCUUCUCCGGCUCGACCAUGAUCCAGUACAAUCCCAUUGAGGACUAUGCGUUGACGCGCAAAGGGGAAUGGCGCAUCAGGGGCUCAGCUGCCCCGGCUCCAGCACCGUUCAUUAUCCACGCAAACUUUCCAAAAUUCAACCCCGCAACGAUCUUCCAUGAGAACGGGCCGGUAAUUAAAGAAGAUGGCUCGUAUACGCGGGCUUGGCUGGCACCAGAAGACCUGAUCGAGGCGUUUGGCGCAGACGUUGAGAGGCAGUUCUGGGAGGAGAUCCGCUGGACAGCUUGCGCGCUCGAGGGGAAAACAAUCAGUUGGGAGGGCAAGACGGGAAUCUGCGAUCGGGCAACUGGGUAUUGGCAUCAGGUCUUUGGAUAG